UCUCCCUCUCCCUCUCUCCCUCUCUCAUGGUCGAUCAUUCGGACGUCGUCCGCUUACCAAAAGUCGGCUGCAUUCCGGACAUCUCCAGAGCCUACAAAUCACUCAGAGCGAUAUGGAAUCCCGAUAGGCGUUCGUCUCCUGGCCGGAUCGGAGCUGGAGACAAGCCCAAGGCCGUCGAAGCUGCGACAGAUUCAUCAUCAAACGACCUCGAAGCGAACCCGACCUCUGCAUCCCUUAGGCAGCACGACGAGGAACUAGGUUCCAUCCAUCAAGAAGAAGAUAACAUGAAUGGAAUCCCCAGCUACAGAUAUAGUCACAAGAACGGCAACCACGACGAAGAGCCGAAGAGUCCUAGGUUAGGAUGCUUCGGGCACCGGAGAGAGAGUUUCUUCGCCUCCAUGCCGUCCCCUCUCUCGAGAAGCGCGAGCCGGAGGAGUCAGCCGCCGACGCACUCCUCCCCUUUCAAGAGCGUGAGCCGGAGGAGCAUCGAUUCCACGGCGUUCGGUCCAGCCUCGCUCUCGAGGAGCUCGAGCCGGGUGAGCUCCACGCCGAUCAUGUUCUCCAAUUCGACCGGGAUGCUGAAAUCUCCGGCCAUCGAGAGGACUUUGGAGUGCACCCUGGAGGAGUUGUGCUACGGUUGCAUGAAGAAGAUCAAGGUGACAAGAGACGUCCUUACGAAUACUGGGCAAAUAAUUCAAGAAGAGGAACUGCUCACAAUAAAAGUGAAGUCGGGAUGGAAAAAGGGGACCAAAAUAACAUUCCAAGGCAUGGGGAACGAGCGGCCCGGCGUCCAACCGGCCGACAUAACCUUUGUCAUCGCGGAGAAAAAGCACGGCCUGUUCAGGAGAGAAGGCGACGACUUGGAGCUGGCGGUCGAGAUCCCGCUAGUGAAGGCCCUGACCGGGUGCGACCUCUCGGUCCCUCUAUUGGGCGGCAAGUGCCUGGUCCUCACGGUAGAUGAGAUCAUAUACCCGGGCUAUGAGAAGGUCAUCGUAGGGCAAGGCAUGCCCGUACCGAAAGAGCAAGGCCGGAGGGGCAACUUGAAGGUCGUUUUCCUGGUGGCGUUCCCGACGGCCUUGACCGACGACCGGCGAGCCGAGAUCGUCGGCGUUUUGGAAGGGUCGGUUUGAAGGACAGCCUCAGUUUUGUCCACAGCUCUAUGCAUAACGGUCGCUGCUUGUUUUGUUGUAGAAGUUAACGUAGCUAAGGGGCUCGAUUUACUGGUGUAGUCUUACAGUAGAAGUCAAAGCAGGCAUUGCAAUAGAUCUUGUAGAGCCGAAGUUGUUGCCUGGUUAGUGAGAGAGGGAACUUUUAGUCAUUGUUUGGAUUUUGUCUCAUGUCAAAGUUCAUGCAUGUGUAACUUCCCCUUUGCCAAUGCUUUCCCUUUUCUUUUCC